CAUUUAAAAGACCCAAGGCCCGCCUGGCAAGGUGUGGCUAGAUGCCCCUGGGGGGUCCCGUCCACCUCUGGCGUUUCCACCAGAUGCCUAAUGGUGUUUCUCUGGCUUCAGGUUUCACAGCGCAGCUCAGACAGUGUCAGGAAGGGGGGGGCAGACACAGCCCACUUGUUUACCCUUUGGUCACCCCCAUGCGAGGGGGCACAGGGGGAGGGAGCUCCAGCACAGGCCCCUCUUGCCCUGGCAGGCCCAGCCUGGCACCCUCCUCCCUGUCUGCUCUUUGGCACGGCUGUUGGCACCCUGCAGCCCUCUGGAGACUGAGUGGGAUUGGCUGGAAGGAGCUGCCGCAGUUUGGCCCCUGCCAGCCCCCCGCCAUCCAGAUCCGGCUUCUGGGGACUUUUGCCCCUUGGGCUUUUCAAGCAGAUCUCUGCCCGGUCCCUGGAAUCGUCUCCAUUGUUCCGUUGUUUCUUCCCAAGCAGCUUGGACAGCACCCAGUCCAGGCAGUGGCAGCGUUGCCUUGGCAGAGGUCAUUGCAUUCCCCUUCCUUUUUCUCAGUUUGGCUUUGACCAUCUACUCCUGACGAAGUCUUCUGUGCCAGGGGAGACAAACAAGGAGCUGACCCGCUUGCUUGGCUUUCCCCUCAUGCUUCCCCAGCUGCCUGCCAACUCCACACGGAGUUGAGUUGGAAGGGAUCCCAAGGGCCAUCUAGUCCAAGCCCAGCAAGGAAGGAAUCUUAGCUGACACCCUCCCAUCCAAAGACAAGGAAAGGAACAGCUGCCUGACUGUUAGAGGACAUCUGAAGGCAGCCCUGUAUCAGGAGGCUUUUAACAUUUGAGCAAGAUGGCGUCACAGAAGCUGCAGGUGGCCGUGGUUGGGGCAGGGGCUGCUGGUCUGUGUGUCGCCCGCCACAUCCUUGCCUCGCCCGAGACGUUUGCUCCUCCCGUGGUGUUCGAAGCCUCUGGCUGCCUGGGAGGCACCUGGGUUUACUUGGAGGAAGAAGCCAAGGGGCGGCCCACUCACUCCAGCAUGUACCGGGACCUCAGGACCAACCUGCCCAAGGAGGUGAUGGCCUUUCCUGACUUCCCCUUUGACCCGGCGCUGCCUUCCUUCCUCCACCACUCGGAUGUGCUGGCCUACCUGGAAAGCUACGCGGAGCAUUUUGGGGUCUAUGACCACAUCCAGUUCCGGAGUGAGGUGAGCCACGUCCGGCCUGUGUCCAGCAGCGAGGGCCAGCCAGGGGGCUGGGAGGUCACAGCCACACAGCAGGGGACAGAGACAACCCAGAAAGUCACAAAGCACUUUGAUGCCGUCAUGGUCUGCACUGGCCAUUAUGCCAACCCAUUCAUCCCUCCCAUUCCUGGCCUGGACAGCUUUCAAGGCCGCCUCCUGCACAGCCACUCCUACCGGCGCCCGGAGCCCUUUGCCGGGCAGAGGGUGGUGCUGGUGGGCGCCGGCCCCUCCGGAGUCGACCUGGCGCUGCAGCUGGCCCCUCUGGCGGCGCGGGUGGUGCUGAGCCACCAGGGCCCGCCGGUCCGCGGGCUGCCCCGGGACGUGCUGCAGGUUCCCCCUCUGGCUCGGGUGUCGGCGGAGACGGUGGUGCCCAGGGACGGCUCUGCGCUGCCAGCCGACGCCUUGAUCCUCUGCACGGGCUACCAAUACCGCUUCCCCUUCCUGGAUCUGGCGCAGCUGGGCUUGCGGGAGACGGAGUAUGGGGUGGGGCCCCUGUACCGGCACCUGCUGGCCCCCCGGCACCCGUCGCUGUUCCUGGUCGGCGUCUGCCAGCAGAUCUGCCCCUUCCCGCAUUUCCACUGCCAGGCGCUCUUCGCCCUGGCGGUGCUGAAGGGCGGCUGCCCGCUGCCCUCCGCCGCCGAGAUGGAGGCUGAUGCCCAAGCGCAGCUGGAGCGGCACCUGCAUGAGGGGGGUCUGGCGCGGCACUUCCUGCGCCUCCGGGCCCAGCAGUGGAGCUACGCGGAGGAGCUGGCCCGCCUCGCAGGGUUUCCCCCGCUCCCCCCGGCGGUGCGAGAGAUCUAUGAAGCGACGCGCGCCAGCCGUGCCCAGGAUGUGAGCAUGUACCGUGGAAGGAACUACCGGCUGUUGGGCCCAGAUGCCUGGGAAGUCGUGCAAGGAGAGGCCGGGGAUGCAGAAGGAGGGCCUCUUCUUUGAAAGCCGACCAGCCGGGGGCCAUCAGCGCCACCAUCUUGUGGCAGGGAGUUCCACAGAUUAGCCAGAGAUAUGCUGCUGGCCAGUUCUGCCGGGAGACCCACCCCCAAAUUAGGGUGUUUGGGGAAAUGGAGGGAAAUGUCGCUUGGCCAAUGGGCGGGUGGGCAGCCACUUCUUUGGGGGGGGGGCUUGCCAAGGAGGGUGGUGGCAGCCUUGCGAGGGAGGCUGGGCCCAGAGCACAGGAGCCUUGCGCAUCCUGGGAGGGGGUCGUGGCCGCCCACUUGCCUUCUCCUUUCUGGGGGGUGAAUGGGGAGCCCUGCCUGCCAGUGCCUCACAAGCUGUUUGCCAUGUUAAUUCUGAAGAAGCAGAAGAAUAAAAGGGCUGACACGUG